AUGACUGAUAUUCAUGAUGUAGAUGCCCUCACUUAUUUGGCCGCCCAAGUUUCCUCUAUAUCGAAUAUGCUCAAGACGAUGAACAUGGCGAUGAAUCAAUCAAUGGGGCAGCCUAUGGGGUCACAAAUGGGGCAAAUGGAAAACAUUUCUUGUGUGUAUUAUGGUGAAGGCCACACUUUUGACAAUUGUCCUUCCAAUCUCGCAGUUGUAUGUUAUAUGGGAAAUCAAAAUAGGAAUGGUCCUUAUUCUAAUUCCUACAAUCCAUCAUGGAGGCAACAUCCCAACUUUUCAUGGAGUAAUCAAGGGGUUGGCCCUAACAUUUCAUCUAUGCCUCCUACACCCACUUUUCCACUGGGCUAUCCUCCACAAGCCCCACAACAAAGGCCACAACAAGCAGUGCAAUCCAAUUCACUUGAGAACAUGUUGAAGGAGUGCAUAGUGAAGAAUGAAGCCAUGAUCCAAAGUCAAGCAACAUCCAUGAGGAACCUAGAAACUCAAGUUGGGCAACUUGCUAAUGAGCUAAGAAAUAGACCUCAAGGUGUUUUACCAAGUGACACGGAGAAUCCAAGGAAUGUGGGUAAUGAACAUUGCAAGGUCGUGAUUUUGAGAAUUGGGAAUGGGUUGGAAAAUUCCAAGAAAUUUGCUGGGCAUGAGGAUGAGCCCUCUUCAAUCCAAAAUAAUGAGAAAGUAAGCGAAGAUGCUGAAAAUUCAAGGAAAUUAGCCUCUACCCAGAAUGCGGCCGCAUCAGAACCACCACAAAGUUCCCCAGAAAUCCAAAAGCUACCUUUUCCACAGAGAUUUCAGAAACAGAAGCAAGAGAGUCAAUUCAAAAGGUUUCUUGACAUGUUGAAGCAGCUACAUAUCAAUAUUCCUCUUGUUGAAGCCCUAGAGAAAAUGUCAAAUUAUGUGAAGUUCAUGAAAGACAUUCUUACUAAGAAGAGACAGUUGGGAGAGAUUGAGACUAUGGCCCUAACUAAGAAAUGUAGCUCAUUCUCGCAAAACAAGUUUCCUCCGAAGAUGAAAGAUCCUGGAAGUUUUACCAUUCCAUGCACUAUUGGAAUUGGAGAGCUCAGGCCUACCACAGUUACCCUUCAACUUGCAGACCGAUCUCUUGCUCGUCCUGAUGGAAAAAUUGAAGACGUGUUAGUGAAGGUUCACAAGUUUAUUUUUCCUAUUGACUUUAUUGUGUUGGAUUAUGAGGCGAACAGGGAGAUACCAAUUAUUUUGGGGCUACCUUUUCUUGCAACAAGUAGAACUUUGAUUGAUAUUCAGAAGGGUGAACUUACUAUGAGGAUCCAAGAUGAACAGGUGACUUUCAAUGUUUUCAAGGCUAUGCGAUUUCUAGAUGAAGUCGAGGAGUGUUCAGUUGUUUCAGUGGUGGACUCUUUAGCAUCAAAAGAGUUAGAAAAUAGUUGCCUUGAUGAUCCUUUAGAGAGGCUUUUGUCAUUUGAUUCACAAUCGAAUGAUAUGGAUGAGUACUUGGCUUGGCUAGAAGCUAAGCUCUCUUCUAGAGCUUUCAAAGCCCCAAGACCUUCAGUUGAGGAACCACCAGAGUUGGAGUUGAAAGUUCUACCUUCCCACUUGAGAUAUGCUUAUUUGGGUGAGUCUUCUUCAUUGUCCGUCAUUGUUUUAGCUGAGCUGGCUAGAGAACAAGAAGACAAAUUGCUUGAGGUAUUGAGAAAUUUCAAAAAGGUCAUUGGGUGGACCAUUGCAGACAUUAAGGUUAUUAGUCCCUCUCUAUGCCUGCACAAGAUUUUGUUGGAAGACAGUGAGAAAGGAUCAAGUGACGGGCAGAGAAGGCUCAAUCCUAUUAUGAAAGAGGUGGUGAAAAAAGCAAUCAUUAAGUGGCUUGACACUGAUAUUAUUUAUCCCAUUUCUGAUAGCUCAUGGAUGAAGAAAUUCUUAGAGGUAUUCAUGGAUGAUUUUUCUGUUUUUGGUGAUUCUUAUGACGAUUGCUUAAGUAAUUUGGCUAAGAUUUUGCAAAGAUGUGAAGAAACAAACCUUGUCCUUAACUGGAAAAAAUGUUACUUUAUGGUUAAGGAAGGUAUUGUUUUGGGCCACAAAGCAUCAAAGCAUGGUAUUGAAGUUGAUAGAGCCAAGAUUGAGGUUAUUGAAAAGCUCCCACCUCCUACCUCAGUGAAGAAUAUUAUAAUCUUUCUUGGCCAUGCAGGGUUCUAUAGCCGAUUCAUAGAGAAUUUCUCCAAGAUCUCUAAUCCUUUUUACAACUUAUUGAAGAAGGAUACACCUUUCCAUUUUGAUGAAGCAUGUGUGAAAGCCUUUGAAGAGUUGAAAAGUCGAUUGGUUUCUGCACCAAUUAUUGUGGCUCCAGAUUGGGACUUGCCUUUUGAAUUGAUGUGUGAUGCAAGUGCUCAACUCAACUAUACAGUGACAGAAAAAGAACUCUUGGCUAUUGUCUUUGCUUUUGACAAGUUUUGGUCUUAUUUGGUGGGCACCAAGGUGAUAGUCUAUACAGAUCAUUCAGCCGUCAAGUACUUGAUUGAAAAGAAGGAAGCUAAGCCUCGGUUUAUUAGAUGUGUGCUUUUGCUCCAUGAGUUUGAUGUGGAAAUUCAAGAUAGAAAAUGA